AUGAGUGACCAGGGCAGUCAUGGCGGAGCUAGUUUCUCCGAAACCACUACCACUCUCCUGCUGAUUAGUCCCAAAUUCGCCCGAGUCUCCACGAAGUCUGUAAGCGCAUGCUUCUUCAUUUGACUGCCGACAAAAAUACUUCUGGAAAUUGGACCUCGAAAGUUUGUCUUUUAUGCAUCUCUACUUGUCCUUACCGACAUAAAUCUUAGCUCAUCAGGUCCUGCGUGUCAUGUUCUGGAGGGCUCAUUCGUCCACCGAGUCCAUUUAAGACGACAGAUCACUGUCAUCUAUUGAAAAGAGCCUUUUCUCAGAUUCGCUACUUGAUCAUGCGUCCUCGGUGGAGUAGAAGCGGUUCUGGAGGAUUCUUGUGAGAGUAUCUGCGGCGGUAUUUUUUCUCAUUUCCCUUUCCUUGGGAAGAGAAGCGAAACAGCAUUGCUGCAGUCUUGUGGACAGACUACCUGCUAGUGUGUGAAGUAUGUUUUUUAGCUUCUCAGAACUACCAUCAAAACGGUUGAUGCAGACUUCAACUGGCUUUAAAGGUUGUUAAUGUCGUUUUGCAUCCUGGUCUCCGUUUUGUUCCAUGAACACUGUUGAUUAGGUAUUUGGACCUCAGAUGGAGUUCCCAGUUUAAAGCAUAGUCCGUGAACUGAAGUAACAGUUUCCUCUGGAAGCACCGAUUUUCACAUGGAACUGACGCACACCGAUGUAUUCUGAUUGCAGUUAGCUGGCGUUGAUGUAUCAGUGAUAGGGAGAAAUUGACCGCUUCAUGCCUCACUAUUUGGGAGGAGUGGAGAGGGGAGCGGUUUAAUGUAAUUUGAAGUCGUUGAGCAACACUUUGGUACUUUUGCCACUAAGUUUUAAGUUGAAUUGGCGAGAACUAACGACUAUAUGAUCAGUGAUAGGAUGUAAUUUUGGGAAAAAGUCUCCAAGCUGGGCGACAUCGUUGUGAUAGACGUGCAGGACGAUAGGAUCUUGUUCCACGUGGACGACCUGGCAUUCGUAUACUGUUGGCAGCAUCUGACCUGUGUUCAGACUUCAACUGGCUUUAAAGGUGGCGCAUAGUCCAUUAGGUUAAGAUCGUUUUGCAUUCCGUACUCUGUUUUGUUCCUUGAACAUGGUUGGUUAGGGUUUUGGAGCUCAAGCUGAUGCUCGCCGCCCGCCCGGACUAUGUCUCUACGUUUGCGCUAUCGGUCUCAACAUUUUAUGCUGCUCUGUUUUAUGCCAUGAACUUCAGUUAUGGUGUCGCCUGACAUCGUUGCCUCUGUGCAUGCCUGCACUUACUUUAUUUCUUAUCUGUUCAUCUUUAUUUAUGCAGGCGUGUGAAAUCGAUGGGGAUAUCUAUAGCCAACAUACCGACCAGACCGAUUUGGCCACAGUAAUCGGUCUUCUGACGGGUGUAGGCAUCCCCUCGGGUAGCAUUGGCGUGCCACCGGAUCGUGCAUUGUCCGCUUUUUGGCCGAAGGCGCCGGAACGUCUUAGAGCCCUCUACCAGUUGCAGCAGCAUCUAUACAGUCUGGUUACAUUUGUGCUGGGAAAGUCGGGCCGUUCACACCUGUUUGUGCCAAAUGAAGGUACCGUACUCCCCUUCCUUCCAUUAACACUGUCAGUAUUGUGAUAUAUUCAACAAAAUUAUAAUUGCGUCACACAGUGAGGCAACACCGCCCAACGGUUAGUUGUAGGAGUGUUUUUAAGUCGGCAGAGGUGGUCGGUAGACGAUGGAAAGUAGGUAGUCAGUAGGAGGUGCGUAGAUGAGGGAAUAUUGGGAUGGCUGCCUCUGGCCUAGUUGCGUUCACCAGCACCCAGCAGCUUUUAUUGUGCUUGCAGUUUCGGCUUGGUAGACCUUCGUCUUCCACUUCCGAAUGCACGACUGUUUCACGCUCAUUUGCACGCGGUGUUGACCACAGUUCUGUCUUUUCACCUGUGGCUUUAGGGGUAGAUGGGAAUGAGGAAAACGCCGUCCACAUACGAAAAGAAGCAUUGACUAGAACUGAAAAUGCCCUAGCUCACAUGCUGGCAUUCACAUAUUCUUCCAUGAAUGAUCUUGGAGUGAUGUAUAAAUGUAAGCGUCGAGUGUAACCUAAAUGCCUUCAAACCCUGUUAUAAGGCGAGUCAACAGGAUGAGAUCGAAGGAGCUUAGAAGACGGAAACAGCAGGAUAUUGCGAGCUCGGCGUUAGAGUCUUCGGACUCUUAUGUAAAGUUAAAAGGCGCAUACAUUUUCCGGUUCUUGGUACCACUUUCAAGGAAACAUCGUGGAAAUAAACUGAAACGAUCGGAUCGCUGGUGAAGCGGUUAGCUCUGUCUUUCAUCAAAGCCUUUCUAGUCACGGCUCACCGGUCCAGUGUAGAUGAAUGCAUUCAGCAACCUUCCUCUGGUUUGUGUGGUGUUGAGACCCUUGUUCGCCGUAGAAAUUACUCAUGCGAGUGAAGUGUCGCACCCGAGUUUCUCUUGCUCUCGCCCUCUUCAUCUCUCGUCCUUCUUUGAACUCGACAGUUCAGACGAAUUAAGCUUCUGUUGAGACAAACGAGUCACGUUUCAUCUAAUGGUUGCCGUGGUCCUUCUACGAUAAUUUCCUAAUUCCGACUAUGCUACUAACCUUUCACAGGUUAAAUUUCCUCUUCAGUUUUUUUCAACUUCAAGUCACCAGAAAAAGACGUUUGAUUAUCUUUAAAGUUUUUAAGUGCAUUUUUCAGAAUUAGUGUAUGCAGCUUUUGUGCUCAACGUGGUUAUGUUUUCAAAGGGAAUGUUGCCACUACGCAAUCUGAAUUCGCAUAAUUGCCUAUUCUGCCGUCCCUCCUGUAGAUAAUUGACCUGGAAGACCUCAUUGGCCUUAUGCUGUUUAAUCAGCUGAAUCCAUUUCACAUUUUAUACUACCGGUAUCCCUUUUAUAGGGGCCUAGUUGCCCCUAUGUGAGCUAGUGUCGGCGAUUGUAUUUGCCACUCACUGUUAUUGAUUAUGAGUGUGCAUGACGCCCUUUUGCUUCUUCUUAUCAUUUAGUCACGGAUCUACAGCAAGUAAAGAACGACAUCACGAAACUUCUGCAACUCUGCCCGAGACCGUCUUCCAACUCGUCGAAUGCAUGCCGCCGCCUGGACUCCCAAACGGAUAACAUCUCCCGCAGACUCUUGUCACUCAUGCAUCGCUUCCAGAAGCGCAUUCUUUUAAGCGCCGCAGAGUCCAAUCUGCUGACCGUAGGAAUUUCAAUAAUGUUCAUGUGGGUGGUAAGUGACCAGUCCCCUCUGCGUCGUGUUGUUUUGUCUGCUUUUCCGACUACGCAUAUGUUUAUUUUUGGUUGACUGCCACUUACAUUCAUUGGUGCAGCCAAUGAAGCUCUGCCUGUUUAGACUACUUUUAUGUGGCCGCGCACAGCUGUUCCUAAGUCUGUGCUACGAACUCCAUUCCAACGUUUGCCGUCUUCUUUGUCCUAUACUUGUUAGGGCGGGUUCGGUCCACCCAAACUGUGUUGACCUUGUGGAGGGCAGAGUAGAGUACCUAUUGUGGAGAGUGAUCUGGAUGCAACCUGGGUUUGCAUCGCGCAGUCCAGAGAAAAACUGCUGGUGCCUGCGCACAAACGCAGCAGCAUUAGCAGUGGCCGGGUCCAGUUCAGUUUAAUUCAGUUUAUUAAGGGAAAGGUAGGCGAACGUCUUUCUACUCCUUAUUGGUUACAAUAACGUCACAAAAAAAGAAACAAAACGAGCCUGCUUAGUACGCCUAGAGGGCCAAGCGAAGGUGGUUGCAUGCGACACCGCUCGAGCGACCAUGGGCACUGUAUGCCAUGAUUCACCCUUGGAGUGUUUGUAAUGGCGUUUCACCAAGCGGGUCAAGCGGCGCUACUAGUCGUGACAUCGACAGGUCUCGUCGCGCUUGACGGUAGAACUAUGGGGCCACCCGUUUUGAUGCGCUAUGCAAGUUGGUUAACUGACUUCCUCUCUGGUACCCCGUAACACAGGAGGUAACUGAAUGGACGGUUGCUUGAGUCACGUGCCCUGGCAUUUAGUAUCUAGUCGACUUUGAUGAUGAUGAUGAUGAUGAUGAUGAUGAUAAUGACCUAGGGAUAAAAGUUGUACUCUUUGCCUUCUCGCUUGUUUUUUUUGUAGCGAGCAACGUGUAAACCUGUUUGCCCGAGUAAACACUUCGUAGUGACAUCGCUGUGACACUAUGAGCGCUCGUAGCAUAACCCAUGCGUCCUUUCUCCAAAUGCUCCCACAUUGCCAUGCCUUUUUACGGAGACUUCAGUAUUUUGUGUAAUGAUAUAGUUCCGUUACGAGUUUCGCCAGAAAUCGGUGAGAAAGUACGCAUUCGUGGGAAGCCUUCCGAUAGCGACGGGGAAGAGGGAUUUGCUGUCCCGGAGUUUUCCAUCUCGUCGGGUCGUCGCUGCUCAGAGUUAAGGGUCUUGCAGCCACAAAGGUAGCCGCACGAGUGGGGGGUAAGACAGUGAAAGAAGAAAUAGAAUUGUAGAUGUUGAUUCAUGAAUUGAUCAGCAGUUACGUCAAUCUUUGCUCGUGUAGGAAGCCAUACAUGGCUAAGCAGAGGAGGCGGUUGCCACCAGAGUCAACUGAGGUAUUAGCAGGAUCAUAGAGCACGUUCGAUUUGCCAGAUUCAAUGAUUAGACCUCAUAUCUGCUUGCUCACUUCAUGGAAAUGGUGAAUGCCCGAAUCAGUAGACCCCGUCUACAGGUGCUCAACUCUUCAUCAUGAAUAGUAUUAGACGCGAUUGGACGAUUCCCGAUGGCCUUCUCUACCAAUGGACUGAUUAACUGAAGGUGCUAAUGUUAAAGACCUGCAACCGGAUCCAGUCCUCGCUAAGUGAACUAAGCCGCGCUGCUCACGGAAAUCCUUCACACUACGCCUCUGGAGGCGGGAUGAGUGUCAGCAUGGGCCAUACGCUAGGGCCAUUUUGAAUGAGCACGGGCAUCUCCUCAUACUUUCUUAUCUUAACAUGUUAUGCCUCGUAGCGUGAAUCGUGCAACAUGCGUGGGCACUCUCAGCUAUAAGUUCAAAUGGAUUUUAUUUGGCUUCUAGAUCGCCCUGAGCCUCUGCCUUCCUGCAAUCAUUGAAAUAUUUUGCAAAAAGGAUAUGGUCCGAUUCGAGGUUAGUCUUUUUGAUUUUCACUUUUAUGCUUUCGUGUGUAUCCCUAUAGGAGUUUUUUUCUGCUACCUUUCACAGGGGUUUUCUUAGUGAAGUAUACUGUAUAGACACCGCAGGGGUGCAGGCAUGUCCAGAUGUGUGUCCACGUGAAGGUCGCUCACUUGUCUGCAGGUCUUGACUACGCCUAGCCUUCAUUAACUAGUACGCAACUCUCACAUGUGACUCUUCGAAGCCAGACUCUGCCUAGUGUGAACCAGGUGAGGAUAUCCGUGUGUAUUUUCCCGCACACGGUUACUCAGCUCCUCCCCUUCUACCUUCUCCUCACCCCCCUCCUCCUUUUCUUCCCCUUCUUCCACCCACUUCCCCUUCCACCCCUUCUGCACUCCUCUUCACCCGCCCCCCUCCCUUUCGUCUUUGCCUACUCUUUACUCUACUCUCCUUUCCCACGACCGAAAUGUCCCACGGUGAAGGCGGCGUGCAACCACGUGGGCGGCCCAGGCCAAUCAGGUCGUUCUCCCAUUAAACCAAUUCGUGGCCCAUAGUGCAGUUCGGCAGCUGUCUGGGACGACUAAGCAGCCCUAUUUUGGGAGAGCACUGUUUGCCCCGCGAGGAGGAGGAGGAGGAGGCUGUAAAAGGCGUACUAGACAAAUGCUGGUUUCACGACAUCUGCGCAUAGACCGUGGCUCGCAGACUGAAAUACCUGUAGUCAAAACCAACAAACAAAAAACAGUACUCUCUCUCUCUCUUCCCCCCCCCCCUCGUCUCCGCCCCACCCCACAGGCUUCCAAAGGUGGGUCCGCCCACUCUGGCAGCCUGGAAUGUUCGUCCCCUCUCAGGCAAUCCGAGGAGCAGCCGACUAGAGCGGCGGACGGCGGUAGUUGCUCUGGAACUGGCGAGCUAUAAGAUGGCCAUGGCUGCAAUCAGCGAAACCCGUUUCUCCUCACCAGGCCAACUGGAGGGUGUGGGCGCUGGCUUCACCUUCUGGAGCGACCGUCCCAGGACAGAGCGAAGAGAUGCGGGCGUCGCCUAUGCCAUCUUAGCCCAGUCCUCAUCCUGCCGCCCAACGCAACCAUAAUCGGCAGCUCCACGACCAUCACGGAAACUGGCUCUGACUCCGCCGACUUUUCCUGUCCACACUGUCUGCGUACAUUCACCCCAAACAUCGGCCUGGUCGGUCACUUGUAAAUCCACCACACAGAGCCUGGCGAACCAGUGCCUGGAGUACCAACCCAUGGUCGCCGCAUCCGCCUCGACUGCCCUCACAGUCCUGUACAUUUGGUCACCUCAUGGGCCUAUUAAGCCGCAGUCGCAUUCAUGAAAACCUGCGGUAGAUAACCGCCGGCUACACCACACCUUUACAACUUUCCCCACCUGCAUCUGCACCACACAACGCAAGGACUCGAUUGCCACCUCCCACGCAAGUGAGAGGUGUGUUUCUCGGUCCCGUCUCCAUGCGGCUCUUCUGUUGCAUGUGUGAUAUAAGCCUGAGACUAUCGCGGUGCGCCAAGCUGGGUGGCUUGGACGGUUGCCGACUGACGCUUCAACUCAGUCCACACAGUCAGCCCAGUUGUGUGUGUUAGUGUGGAGUGGCGGACUGGUGGACCGAGAAUCAGGCUGUCACGGCUCCUUCGCAAACUGACCUCUAGCACUUUCACGCAUGUAAGGAGUGUGUGUACUUUAUGGGUGGUGCCUCUCAGUCGAUGACUGUAUGGUUAUACAGGUGUUGGUCGAGGCUCAGUUCAAGGAUGUGUGUCCGUCUCAGCCGUCGCCGGGAAGUGCUAAAGCAGAGGCGGCAGUGAUCUUCCAAAAUCAGAGAAGCAUUUGAGUCAGCAUGACAAAUUGGUCAAGAGUCUUAAAAAUCUACGAAAUGCCCGCAUCUCACGAGGUAGACGUCAAACCACGCCGACCACCGCAUGAUCUCCAGUCGACUUGGCUCAGGCUUGCCUCUGGGACAUGAGGAAGGGAAGGCCUGUGCGUCCUCUGGUUCCAUAAUUAUAAAGAGUUCGACGUGCUUUUAAAUUGUGACCGGUUGUACCGAUCCUUCUUCAGACAGAGUAAGACUGCAGUAUCUUCUUAUUGUGGCGUUUUACUCAGAUAAGCUCCGAAUAGGAUGAUGUCUGGUCGGCGUAUGCGUGUUUGUGCCGGCAAAUGUGUGACACACCAAGUUAGUCUCGCCAGUCUCCGCACAGGCAGUCGUUUUCAGUUGUCAUCUUGCCAGCAGAAGAGUGUGUAAGGCGCGACAGCGAAAUAGUUGUUGCAGUAAGCUCGGCUCCUGUGCGAGUCAUCACCGCACCCCCGAGACUGGUGGUCUUUGUCGCUUUCGACGAAGGAACUAGGGUAUCGUUAUUUGUUUGUCCGAUUUUCCUCGCUGCCGUUUGCGAGAACUCAUGGCUUUGAAUCGCAGCUCCAAAGCAGAACAGAUUCGUUCACACUCUGUCAUGCAAUCAGGUGAAAUGAGAGAACCCCACUGGCGUGUGACUUUGUUCUGACAACACGGGCGACGCUGUUCUGUCUGUUGAAGACGGUGCAGAGAAGGGCAAAAAGACAGGUGGCCAGACAAUGAUGCGGUUGUAGGGGAGUGUAGGCUCUACGGAUGGGUUUGAAUAUCUAUCGGGAAGCAACCUUGGCACAUAUUGACCUUUCUCUGAGCUGGUAUCAGUCCCGCAUAAUCUAUCUUGUCGUGGCCGGCCCACAUGCUUGGUGCCUGAUUAAACCCUACUUUGUUCCUCCACAUCCCUCCGUCGGACCCGCGACAGACGGUGACCCCAUUGCACAACUGGCUAAGCGCACCUCUUUGUGCUUGAAUUUUCAUUCACUUGUUGCUAUUUCUAUUUGAUUACAUCAGAGGGCUCGGGAUCAGAUCUAUGCCUCAAUGGUGAAGCUGCUAGCCGUCUUCACUCUCUCUGUUCUCGGACUGCAUAUGACGAGUCUAUUUUCAAGCAGUAUGGUCGAGGAGGAGCACCAGACGUGGUACUUCUUCGGUACGAGCGUCCUCUCCCUCGUCAUUAUUGUGAUGACCGUUGCCGACCACUCGAGCGACAGAUUGCGUGUUCGUGGCACACGUAUCCUUUCGAUUGCGGUCAUCCUGGGAAUUGAUCGUUUCCUUCUGCGUUAUCUCAACAAGACGGGUGACAAGUGGAUUCACCUGCCUGAUUUGACAGACUGGCUGUGAGUCCUUUCACUCCAUUGUCCCUUCCUUUACGUAUGACAUCACCGUUAGUUGUAUUAAACAAUUGCUUUUUGUUUAGGUUGCCCAUCAUACACUAGCUGUGAGCCGGAAAUUGCGUUACUGCGCUGCGUUAUCACAUUCCUGGCUCAUUCAAUCGACCAUUUGACUUUGAGAGGUUUGCUGAGCUCAGCAUCUCUUCACUGCUUUGAGCCUUAUUGCUGCACACGCUUUUGAUUACUCAUGUCGAUGUCGGUCAACCAUUCGCCUGCGUUCACGAAUGUGUGUGUGUUAAUCUCCGUCUUCGGAAAUUAGUCAACGGUUGCACGGGAAAUGGCAUAUUUUAAACUUAAACUGCAGAUCAGCAUUUUUCGCGCAUUGUUUCCAGAACCUCCGGCCCUUUUUGCUGGUUAUGGUCUCUUACAGUAGUUUGAGAUGUGGUCGCUGAAGCAAGAACUUUGUUUAACUGACGUCUCUAGCUGCAUUCGAUGUGAUGCAUGCUUGACCGCUUGCAUGCAAAUCGUUUAUCUUCGCAGACUUGUCUCCAACUUUGAUUUUCAGCGUGAUAAUUGCCCAGCCUGCCUUGUUUACUUUGCGAGGUAAUUAAUGCGCGAAUCCUUCCAAACAGACCUUUUCAGGCUCGAUCCGAAAUUUGAAAGUAUGAUACUAGUUGUAUACUACUGGCUGCCUGUUGGCAGCGUGAGUAUUGCGCGGUUAUUCAAGCUGGUGUAUUUCAGCCCAAAUAUUCACAUCAACCUUCGAACCUAACCUUAGAAGCUCUGCUCCGAGGGAUUUACUCCAAGUUUGCGCAUUAAUUUCCUCUGAAAUUAAACAAUACAGGAUGAAAACACGCGAGGGCGCUGGAAGACCCACUGAUGAAAUGAACCAUUCACAGCCGCGUCAGGCAGCGGCAUAGGGUCGGCGAACCACGCGUAUCUGAGCUUUUAGAUAGUAACUUUGAUGUCCGUAGGGUCAAUAAUCAUGUAAUUACUUAAUUAUUUGUCCCGUCCUAACCAAGGCCCUAGUUCAGUGAGAUUGUCAUUCCCCUUCAACCACAGCUUUGAUCUGUAGCAACAAGAUGUUGUGCUAUGAGAAUCAGCAAUCCUUCAGCCACCCCUUCAGUUGGCCCGCGAACGUAGAUUCUCGUUCACACACAAUCCCAAUCACUCUGAUGAAGAUAGCAGUCCUCUAGUAUGCUAGAGGAACUACCCCAUGAUCUGGCGCCUUAGGGUUGCCUCCGGUCGGUGUGCUAUCCCAAUUUCGUCUUCUCACACCCCUUGGAAUUGGGAUGGCACACAGACCGGAGGAAACCAUAAGACGCCAGAUCGUGAGGCCGAACGACCCAUUGCUACGGCAAGAAACAUCUGGAGUCGUUUGCCGUGUCUGGUGCAGCUGUGGGCAAAGCAACUAUGUCUGAAUAACCGGCAGACUACUGCGGACGCGUAUGACCGAGCACGCAGCAGCGGUGAGGAGGGAAGACGCCAGCUCCCAAGUCGCGGCUCACUCUACGGGACUUAAUCACACAUUGAAGUUUGAAUUAGCAGAAAUUCUUGCUAGAGGUGACAACCGCGUGAGCCGCGAACUGCUCGAGUCAUAUUUUUCCGAUCCUCAGUCAAUCAACAAGCGCAAUGACCUCCCCGCUCUAUAUUCAGCGCGGAGACAUUGUCUAGGCAAAGUAAUUAGCCUCGAGGACAGCCCGCGGAUGACCACCAUUCCUGGUGUCGAUAUCGGCGAGCCAAAUUGCCCAAGAACCCACACUCGACUGCGUGCAAUGAGCGUAGGAAUCGAUAAUCUUGACCGGCACACAAGGGCAUAACAACAACACGGCAACUGCAUGCUUCAACACCUGGAUAGGCGAGUCGUGAUGCACUCGAGAGCUGUCAACUGCAGUAGGCAUGUAGCGGCCUAGCAACUACGUCCUAUAAAUACUGCAAUACCUGGGAAAUUUGCAACCCUUAUCUGACUCUGUCUUUGAUGAUGGAUUCGAGUGAGAAUCCGAAACGUCAGGUUAAUAAAGCUCUUGUUCCAGCGACCGUGUCUCCUUCGAGACUACUUCCUGAAGCUCGCCUCUUCGCUUCUAUUAGCGAAACGUACUCUUUGGCAUAGCUGGUUUGAAAUUAUCCUCUAUGUCAGUCCUUGUGGUAUCCACCAAUUUGGAUAAAAACUGCCAAUUAGAUCCUUUCACACCCUUGCAUUCAACAAGGAUUUUUUCCUUAUCCCCUAGUUCAACCUCUAGUCUGUCACUUGUCUGUUACGUCCUGUUGCCCUUUAGGAAUGGACACCAAAUGAUUCUCUGGGUGUCUGAGGUCUUUGCUUGGCUGAUCCUGGUCCUUUGUGUGCGUCUGGUUCUUUGCCAUCCAGCGCCGCGGUUCCGGUCGUAUCACAUGCGUUCCGUCGGCAGCCUCCUUCUUGUCGCACUUAGCCAGUUGGCCUACCGGUAUGCGAGUUCAUUCCCCUCCGGUGGCAAGUCUCACCCGUUCGGGUAAGUCCUUUCGUGACUCUCCACCUCUUUUAGAUGCUACUUUGUCUUUUUAGUCCUCCUCCUCCCCUCUUUCCCUCCUACUCCAUUCCGCCCUCCUUCUUCCCUCUUUCUUCCUUCUCCCCUCAUUCUCCCCUCCUCUUCCUUCUUCGCCCAUUCUCUCUCCUAUCUUUUUCCUUCUUCAACCCUCCCCAUCAUCAUCCUCCACAUCAUCAUCACGGUCAUCAUGCUAAAAUUUAUCUCGUCCAUUCCCAUUAACCCUUCUUUGUUCCAUAUGAUGCUCAUAAGUUUUCAGCGCAAAUGACUUAACCGGUCUCCAGACUGUGUGUUUUUUUAUAGCCUAUACAGUCCAUUGGGCUUUUUUCAGGUCGUAGCGUGUCCUUUCGCCUUUUGCAUCAUCCAUCGUGGGCUCCGAUGUUAGUCAGGAUGUGAAUCUUCCAUCACCAACGUAACUCGAGUGUCUGCCAAAUGGCUUGUACGAAAGGGCAGUCGAAGAGCAUUUGCUGUUUUAAAAUGUGUCGGACUUAACACUAAUUUCUUGGAGCCGUAGUGGGUCUCGUCCAAAGAGAGCGUGUUGUGUUCGGAAAACUCCUCUGCUGGCUGGAGCAUUUUAAGUUGAUAGUCUAACAGCACCAUGGAGUGAUGGCACGCGUCACGGACAAUGGUGCCGCCUCAGAAUCAUUCGCGGUGGAACAGGCCUGUAUCUUCGCUCUAACCCUCUUUAAUUUCAUGGCGUCCGCCACACUGAUGGACGUAUAUUGUGAAGGAUGGCCAGGAAUCCACAUCGCUUCCCGAAAUGACGGGCAGUUGCUCAAAACCCAUUUCAUUAAGACAACCACACGAGCCUCCACGACCAGUGUCCGUGGAAUUUUGUUUGCGAAUGAUUGUGCGCUCAUCAUUUAGUCUGGGAUCGUCGUAGAAUCUUCACCAACGCGAAAUUCCGGAUGUAGACGGCUGCUUUAAAAGCUCGGCCAGACGCCUUGGAGACCACAUAAAUGGGGAAAUCUAGAAAAAAACAGGAAACCCAGAACUAGAGUGGCACAAACCAACUCCACCAGCUUCAAACCUCUGUCCGAAGAUCCCCAUUUCCAAUGUCCGUCUGGUAUCUGCGUUAACCUUCGGAUAAAAUGCAGUUUUUUAAUCCCACUCAACAGAACGUUGUCAUUGCGGGAGGUCUCCCGCUUGUCCUUGCUCUAGCAUCACAUUUCAUUUCCGGCUGGCCUCUUUUCGAGCGCCAUUCCCGAUGAGAUUUGGGACACCGCCCGGACACAGAGAGCCACCACUAUCCCUGUCGACGGAGCUUUCUUGUCUCUACAUACCGGCUUGUCGGGCACCUGCUAAUCCACUGCAGCACGACAGAAGGACGCCUGCCUGUGGCCUCAGCCAACACUCGUAACGCUUGCCUUCCUUGCCCACACUGUACCCGCACACGCAGUCAUGGCCGGACCCAAACUGACCACUCUGCUCUGCUCUUGCCUCUAGUGUGUUCCCUUUCUGGUUGGUUUGUUUGUUGCUCCCUCUCCCCAACUGCAUGUGCCCCCUCUCGAUCCUUUUGCAGCUGGGCGUCAGCGGUGUGGCCGGCCCGCAUAGCCUAUGUAUGCAUCAUUCUCGACCUGGUUACCUCUCUGCAGAUGACUGCUGCACUGGUACGCUGGUCUAAUGCCCUCUCCGCUGACGCCGACCACUCGCACGAGUCUCCGGUUCUCACAUCAGGCGGUAACCCGUCCGUUAGUCCGGUGCACGCGUUUGGCCUGUUCGCCAUGCUUCUAGGUCGUCCCUCGGCCACCCUCCUAUGGGCUGGUGUUCUUUUGAAGGAGACACUACUAACGCGUGCUUUCCACAGCGAACUGGUGGCCUCCUCUCGCUGCUCAACUCAUUCGCCGACAAAGAUGAAGUACUUCAUUGUCAUGCUGUACUGGAUCCAGGGUUGGACGACGUUCUUCCAGGCCGUAAGUUCCGAAAAUGCUUUUCUUGUCCCAUGACUACUCAAAUAUUAGAGCCCAGUUAUUUGAUGAAGCAAUGAAGGUGGCAACAAGUCGACCGCUUGGAGCACCGACAAAGUAGCUUUGCUGGCUGUUGACCGCGCGUCUGUCUGGAAGUGCCGUCGCACUACCUUGGAGGAAACUCAGCACGUCUGAUAGGCGAACGCCGGAUAGAUGUGUUGCUUCGCGAUUCAACACGUAACUUCACAGUCACAAACCAGUGAUGCUGUCAUAAUUUAAUGUCCUGUCCGACAGGUUCCUGGGUGUUGCUCCCCGACUCGGCGUUUAAACUCACCGAUGGCUCUCAGAUAUCGCAGUAAUACUAAUCUCUUUCAGGCUCUGGCUAAAGUUGACUUAGCCCUUUUGUUUUGCUUACUUACUUCUGCGGUGAUGGCAGUUUGCUGACUGUGAUGGGCCAGUGAUACAGCCUCGAGGAAGACCGCCUAAUCGUCUGUUUAGUGCAUAGGCGAAUCAUCUUAAGCGGCUGCUUGUCGCGUUUCCAACCGAUUGUGUACCUGUUUUUUGACAGAACUCCAUGACUGAGACAUUCGAAAAGGUGCCGCCUCAACAUUAAAUGACCCCUAGCCAAUUACUCUUUUGGCCUUCGCUAACUUUCAUACUUUGAGAAGAGUCUUGGUAGUUGUUGCGUCGUCGUCAACCAAAAUGACCUCUGCCUUCUCCGAUUGACAGGGCAAUUCCAAUAAAUUCAAUACGAUCGACCUGGCUGCUGGCUACGUAGGACUCUCCGGCCACUCCAAUAUCUUCUUCCUUCUCCUCACGGUGUCUCACACGUUUGCCGGGCCGAUAUUCUGGCAGCUUUCUCUUUUCUAUCGUUUCUUUGCAAGCCGAUGUUGCCAAACCCGAUGGUCGGAGCAGGAGGUGCAUAAUCGCCUCAAGGGCCGCUUCGGUUCCCUCAGCUUGGGCCUUCUUACGGCGACUACCACGGUAUCGGCCACCGUCUGCCUCAUCCUCCACAACCAUCUCUUCAUCUGGAGUGUCUUUGCGCCGAAGCUGUUUUACAUGGCUGUGCUCAAUAUCGUCUUCAUUCCCCUUCUAAUUUUAGUCGAUGUUUUUUGAGUGGGUUUUUGCCUUGAAAAUGUACACUUUAACGCCUCAGCGCGUUUCUUUUGCCAGGUUUGUUCCUACUUUAUUUUGUAUGCCUGUUUCUUCCACUCACAAACGCCCACGGGUCUCCUUCAUACGGUUCUUUUGUGGAUAUUUUGUUUUUUUUUAUAAUAAUUAGGUAACGUUUUCGACUCCUGUUUUCCCGCUGUCGUCCGUUGCAUCGCGCACGUAUGUGUCAAUGUUUCGCUAAUGUGAACGGGACUUGUAAAAUUCUAUGGAUAUUUGAGCUGAACUCGAUGGUCAUGUCCAGCCUACGUUGUGUGUUCCCAGCUUCUGCUGUUAUCUCCGAGCAUAAUCGCGUUCUGUUUCACACCAGUCCUAAAGAGGACACAAAGCUCUAAGCUGGUGUCCGGAAAAAAAAGAACAAGGCCACGUAGCAACCAGAAUGACUGUUGUUUGGCUUGAAAUUUCAGUCUCUUUCAAGCUCUGAAUAUUAGCCUGUGUAAAACUUGCCGUUUUCAAUUUAACCAGUAUUUAGUUAGGUGUUCGUGUGCGUAGGACAUCUGUUAAGGUUUCUCCAUGAUACAUGCGUCUUUGGUUUUAGUCAAAAGCGUAGUAGGGAACAGAGCUUGAUGAUCUUUCUUAUAUGCUGCAGAACUUGUAAACUUGCAUCAAUUGUCGCGCUUUUUAUUUUUAUGCUACCAGGUAAUCCCCUUCACGAUAAAUACGGAUGACUUUUUCAGAUCUCGAGCUAUUUGCCUUUUUGUUGACAAGUUUUGGCUGGGGCUGCGGAUGACAUUGAAUCACCUUGCGGAUAGUUUUGGGUCAUACGCCUCCCCCCUAAUCCAUGCUUCUAUUUAAUCCCACCCAUGCUAUUUGGGUAGGCUUACUUUAACACCUUUCCCUUCGCCAUUUUCACGUCACGCCUCCCUCAAAUACAACCAUUAGCGUUAACGCCCGGCUUACUAUUAGUCGUUAGGGUAAGAGAUUAAGGCCAGGAUCAGGAAGUAGUCAAAAUUAGAAAUUAGGGAUAAGGUCGGGCUUUAGAAGUAGAGCUGGGGAUUAGGCUGCCGACGUUGUCAACUGCUGUUAUACCUUCAGUUUCGGCCAUCUUGGAGAUCAGCUCUGGCGACACUUCACGCUUCCUCCCUUAGUGUGAAUGACCGUGGGCUGUGGUCAGUUGGCCUAGAACGCUUGACAAAUGCCCUCGGUUUUCGUCCUUUCACUUGUUUACAGUCAAUUUCAGGUACUUCGGAUUGUUCCCGCGUGUUUUUUGCGCCUGACUGGUGCAUUCAAACAGGCUAGUCCCUCCCGGGAUACGCAUGGCCUUCGUUGCUAUCUUGGCGCGGUGGGACGAAGGUUUGAGAACGGACAUCAUCCUCUCGCCUAGGUCCGUUAACUCGUUUACUAUCUCGAGCUAAUGACCUCCGAUGAAAUACUAGUGUCCAAAUCGCACCAUCAUUCUGUAAAUAGAUCGCAGUCGGAUUACCCGACAUCUGUUGUAAUUGAGUUUAGGGGCCCAAUCCCCACACCACUGUUGCAGCCGAUCCAAGUUAUUUUGCAAGUUCAUCCUCCGGCGUCUCCAUGGAAAUAUAUAUCUUCAGGUGUCAGUGGACAUUACUUUCUCACAGGUCAGGCCACCAAGGCAGUUGUUUACAUAUAUCGAAAGAGAAUAGGACCCAAAACGUUCCGUGUGGAACACCGCCGUGAAAGAUUUCCCAGUCCGAUUUGGCUUUGCCAAUAUAAACACAUUGACGUCUAAUUUCGUGAUAGUCGGCCGACCACUCGAAUAGUCUGUCAGUCACCCAUUUGACGCAGAUUAGAUAUUAGCUGUCAAAGGCUUCACCGAAAUCAGAGUAAUCUGCGUCUACCGACAUAUUCAUUUCCGAAGAUUUUGUCCAACUUACCAUGGAUGUCAACAAAUUAGGCGGACGGGAUCGACCGCCUUCAGAUCCAUGUUGAUGCGCACUGCGGAAGUUAGCCCCCAGGAGUUCUCAACAAAUUUUUUGUGAACCUCCUUUUUCCUGGGGCUCUUCGGUGCGGUUCUGUCUUCCCCUUCAUACAUGGGGCUUACAUUGGCUAGAUCCCAGUCAGUAAGCAAAACUACACCUCCAUCAAACUUUCGAAGGUUUUGGAGAGCGGAAAUGCCAGCUGCUCGGUACCUUUGUGGAUAUGCCAUCCAGACCAGGCGAUUUAGUCGGCUGUAGCUGUCUCAAAGUUUUCCUUGCUGCGUCUGCCGUGAGGGUCAUCGUGCGAUUUAUCAUUGCGUAAAGUGGUUACUUUUAGUAAGCAUACGGUUACAACCACGAGGUUUGGGUAAACGACCUAUAUGUGCCUUCGCAGAACAUGCGUCCGGUGCAGCAAUGCGUUAAUAGAAUCUUUGUUAUGUCAUCCGAUUUUGGCUUUCUGGCCGGCCAAGAAUGACUGAGUCCGCUGCCUGGCAUCGAUCUUCAAUAUGGAUUAGGCGAAGAUGUCGCUGGCGAGACAGUGAAUACUCCGGAGGCCAGGAUUAUUAAAAUUGUGCAACUCAGUGUAGUCCUCUCGUCCCAUCUCGUCUGAUAACAUAUGUCAGGAGAAACCGCGCGACAUGACACAUAAUUGUACCUGAGCUGACGAACAGAUGAAUUGUUUUUACCUGAGGACUAGCGCGUGCAUUUUGUCAAAUAAUACCAGACUGAUUCUGCAUUUCGGCGUUGUGAUGCACAUACAUGUAAGGAUGAAAAGUGACAUUCAUGUGUGGCCGAAAAAUACACUCAGAUGCCUGAUUAAACACGCCUUUGGGACAGCCGAUGAUUGCAAAUUGUGGAAAUUAGUCUGAUAUUCGGGGGAUGCGCCACAAUUACAGAAUUACUUGGAUCUUUUGCACCAAUGGUGUGAUGAGUUUUUCCUUAGCCUUAGCUUAAACAAAUGCCCUGUUAUUCGAUUGCAGUCUAGCAACCAGAGAGUGGUUAGUUCUGAGUAUCUGUAUUUUACGGUCGUCACCGGCUCCAAUCAGUCAACGAGUUAAGAGACCUCCACGUGUGGAUGACAUCCAUUCUCAAACCAUCACUUAACUGCGCUAAGUUACCGAGGACGGCCAAGCGUAUCUUAGGAGUGAUCAAGAGCUUCUUCCAGUGUUUUUACGAAGAGCUUUUCGGUCAGGUGUUUGGAACAUUUGUUUGGACAAUGAUAGAAUAUUGCGUUCGAACGUGGAGUCCUUGAAUAAGAAAGACAAAACAUUUAGGGAAACGUUCAGCGAAGAGCAACCAAACUGGUACGCAAACUAACAUGAGGAUGUGACGAUGGCCCUUAGGAUCGUCAGAGGACUAGACCGUGUUCUUCCGUUCGGCAAAUUUCCUGAACGGAUAUGGAGGUUCGCUUAUGGAGGCCACCAACAUAAAUUGAAUGCAUACUAUUUUAACCGCAAAGUGUGGCCCAAAUUCCUCUCUCACAGGUUGGCUGAAGGAUGAAACAAAAUGCCGAACUCAUUAGUCCUGUCGGAAAACGUCGAGACCUUUAAAAGAACACUUGAGAAACGUAGGCUUGAUGAUCGUACAUUUUCUGCGAAUAUUACCAUGUUACAUUUCAAUAUAUAUAAGGGAGAUAGGCAUGGACUUUGAAAACCCUAUUUACAGACACAGACUGAAAGGAAGGAAUACGCUUAAGCAGAUAUACGGGGACAUGUUAUCAUUUGUUAUCAAGUAAAUACAUUUCCAUCAUAUAAAAUGCCAUCAAGUGCUCGUUUACAUGUCUUUACGCUUUCCGUUAGAACAACCGAAUCAGGUAGUUUCUUCCAAUUCUCAAUCACCCGAUGGGAGAAGUAAGUCGCCGCACUUCAAGCGUAGCGUACAUCGUCUUCACUUUAUAUUAGUAACCUCGGAGAUUUGUCGUUUGUGCCAGUUCAAAAAAUCGGUCAAUUCGAUUGCACGAUCUACUCUGACGAGUUUGAAGUCCAUGAUCACCUCCCCUCUGUAUUGCCUAUACUAGAGAGGGAAAAGUUUGAACUUUUCCAGCCGUUUUUCAUAAGGUAAGCUCUUCAGCCCACCGACUAUUUUAGUCGCACUUUGUUACACCUUCUCCAAGAGAGUGCUACCUUGCCUCACCCAGGGCAUCAUGCCUGAAUGCCAUAUUCCAAAAUCGGCCGGAUAAAAGUUCCAAACAUUCGACCGAAAAGCUCAUCGUCGAAGUUAAGGGAGGAUCUCGUGAUCGCUUCCGGGUGCUCAUAGCUUUCUUUGCUAUCUUACCACCGUCUCACGGACUCUGAGGCAUUACUGGACCUAGUCAACUUCAGUCCUGGCCUUGCCAGAGACCACUGUCCCUUGAGAUGACAACUCAGGGUUUUGUAUAUAAUAACCCCCUUAUUCUGGUUACUCCUGUCUUUUCUUACAAUUCAGGAUUUGGUCUAAUGAUUUUGGUGCAUUGAGCACACUUCCACCGAUAAGUCACUACAGCGGUCUGUGUAGACGCAUAAAUGUCUGUCUCCAACACUGACACAAAAAUGUUUGAUGGAGACAUAGUAAGCAAGGAGAUCUUUAGCAUAAGUGUUUUAUCGAGUUUUCAGGGCUGCCGACUGGGCAGAAAAGAAGGUCAGGCGUUUUAUGUCUGUUAGGAAUUUUCACUGAUGGACUGUAAAUACGGCACCAUUGGAAGGCUCGGCAACAAAAGAGAACGAGACCUUAGUCAGAGGAUGAGAUUGGACUGUUUUGCCCGUAAACGUCUCCUCGACACGUUAGAGACCGUCCACGAAUAUCUCACGAAAAGAAAACAUGCGGCUGUUGCCGCGUAAGAGAUUAAUGUUGGGUCACAUCAACCGAGCGCAGUGACAACAUCUAUUAUACGGUGCACUUGUAGGAAACAAACAAGAGUUGGGUCACACAAAUAGCUGCAACGUAGGCAUAGAUGUGGCCAUAAUUAAGAGCAUAUGUGCACUGUCCUACGAAAAAGGGUGAAAAAUAACCCAAACCUCAUUUGAGAUAUUGAUGAAAACGCGACAUUUUAUGGACAGACGAAAAAUGAGAUGUGUGUGUUAGAGCGUUCCAUAAACGCUGGAAAUUGCAGUCGAAGACCAUGGCAUAAACAAGUAUGGAUGACCGUUUUAACGAAUCAUCAGUUGUUUGGACAGAGACACAAGGGCAGACUCAGGGCGCACAGUUCACUUUUUAAAGAUAAGUAAAUCUUUGACCUUACUUCGAUAUCCCUGGGCAAGCAAUGCGUAGUUCGAUUUAGUUCCUCUUAAAAGUUCUUUUUUACCACCGCAUAUAAUUUCUUUCGGUCUUAUUCAAGAGUAUGGUUAAUUAGCCACAUAUUGGAAAGCGUCUGUUUAUUGACGCCGUGUCACAUGUUCUCUUUCUUGUUACUAUGAUAAAUUAGCGCAAUAUUUGUUGUCUUGUGCGUUUAGUUGUAAGUUAACAGCAUUUUCAUUCUUGUGCCGCGACGAAAAACUUGCCUAGUACCAUGUAGUGCCCCGAAGAAGACUUGGAAAAAAGGAAGCUCGCAACCUUCUAGCCAUCUCUGAGUGCUAGAAACGUGCCGAAGACAACGGGUGCCAGCGGCGUGUGUUCGCAGCCUUAUCUAGAUAUGGUCCACAUAGAACGUCUUGACCCUUUCAUCGGUCAGGACCAGGCUUCUUCUAGUCGUUACAGAAUAUCAUGUGACAAAACACUAGAUCAGUUGGUAUAGGGCGAUAUAAACAAUAUUUUCGAGAAAGUUAUUAAGCAGGCGUUCAAAGUUAUUGGGGUUAUAAACUCCGAAACCGAGGAAAGGAUAAGACGCUAACAUAAUUUUAUGCUGCAUAACGUUCCAAAUCACGUCUGCUAUUGAGAGUGUGCAAUUGUUUUUGCAAAGUCGCGGCUUGGACUUUAGUGUCACGCAAGCUAAACGACUACGUUCGUUCAGCCAUAAUGCACCGAUACUAUUUACUCUCUUCUCCUUGGUAGAAGUUGACCUCGUCUCGUUCAAAACGGGGAGCACUAGAGAAUUCUGCCAUAAAUGGUGUUGCUCAGUUUCUCCGUAUGUCCCGCAAAUUCACAGAAGACUGAACAAUUUAAAAAUGUCAAAAACCAACAUCAACAUAAUGGCCCAUGCUGGCACGUAGAAUAAGUCCUCUUCGACAUCAUCUUCUGUCUCACCACGUCAUGACAUAGUCUAUUCCUUAGGCAAGUCGACCAUUCGUGAUGUUGAGAUCUUUAAACGCAACAAUACGCCUUCUGUACAAAUACCUUUACCGACUCCACCGGCAACCCCUAGUAGACCGAAGCAAGUGCCUAACUCAAAGACUGGUCCGAGUACAAUUUCAGCCACUCAUGCACUAGGUGUAUUCAGUUUCUCUAAGAAAUCUUCCCUCCACGGUCGCCUGCCACUCCCUCAAGCUCCACGCACCUAAAUAUAUUGUGUUUCCAAUUACUCUCAGACCUCAUAUCGAAAAGGUUAAGCCGAAUAUGUUGACAUUCCCGUUUUUGAAUAGAAUUUCCGCUCUAAUCGACGCAAUGUGUCCCCCACCCCUCAAUCAUGUCCCCUCCACCGCCCUUUUAUCAAUGUGGUCCAAUUGCAAAUAACCAUGCUGGGUCACUUAACUCACCUGAUCCUCAGUUUUACGUCACGAGAACUUGAUAGUGAAUUUCCAGUAGAAAAUCAGCCAGUCAACGAUAGUUAUCAGCUUCCCUACCCGUCGUUUGCUCUCCCAAAUUCUACUCCUGUUCAUCCACAUUAGUGUCUUUUAGUGACGCAAAUUUUUUUACAGAGGUAGACAGGUGAGUUCUAACCAUAUGCCCCGUGGGCGACAAACCUCCGGGCGACGUAGCUUACCUCCCUCAUAAAAACAGUCUUUCUCUUCAAACCUUUCGUUCUAAAUGCCAGAUCCUUGUUAAGUAAGGCGUCUUUGCUUCCGAUUCUGGUAAUCGUUCAUUGCACAGAUAUUGUUUUAGCAACUGAAACAUAGGCACCAGCUUCCGUUUCUAGCUCCGAACUAUCUCUCCUAGACUAUACUUGCAUUCGAAAUGAUCGUCAAUACAGUCGUGGUGGGAGAAAUUGCAUCUACGUUGAGCAAGCACCUGCAUUUCUGUUGCUGGAUUUUCCUCAUUUUUCCACGGUAGAAGGCCGCUACUGGCACCAAGUUGCUUCAGAAAAUAAAUGCACUUUACUCGCUGACUGUUUCUAUCGCUUUCCCAACGCCAAUGAAGUUUCUUUUAUUAUAAUAAUUAUUUUUUAUUCAAGACCCACAGGUGUCCUAUCAUAGCAAAUCAGAAUAACGUUUACAUUAAUUUUAAAAUUUUUGACGAGGUAUACAGUAUUUACACAAUACUUAAUUCAUAGUUAUUGAAAAAGUAGUAUGUUACGAUGAGUGUUGAGCGAACAGUGAAAAAAACUUCUAACAUAAAAUGAGUAUGAUUGGAUAAGGUCGUUGUAUUUUCACAGGCAUUUCGUGUUGCAGAUGGCUUUAAUCUUCUUGAAGUCCACUGACCUUAGCUUUCCAACACCAAAAAUUUCGAAGACUUUCUCGAGGCUGUAGAUGUUGGGAUGUGGAGUCAGGCUGUCGAUUUUUCCAACCGAGGACCAAGCAUACUUGAUUUAAAUUUCUGCAGAGAUUACAUGCCCUUGUCAGUGUCAACCCUAAGCCAACUCGGGAGCUCAGUCCACAGCGUAAUUAUUUCUACGUUAGAAUUUGACGCUGACAAGAUUUUGUCCCCAAAAUAUAGCUUCUUCGAUUUCCGAUCAGCCCGCCUGGCUAAAUCAACAUCAUGCUUUUAUUCGUGUGGCUGGUCUGACUUCUUCCUAAGUUUGGAUGCAAAUAUUUACACUGCCAAACUGUACGAAGUUCCGGAGCGGCUUAUUUCUCGUUUUUUCCUCGUAAGAAAAUAAUUAAUGUCGGGUAUGAGGUUUCCCUCCCCCUACCUUUUCGUCGUCGGUUGCACAGGCUUAUUCAUCAGUUCCAUCUCCAGAAUGACAUUUCCGUUCUGCUCUCGGGCUGUAAUAUUUUUGAGCGAGCUAAGAGACCGUGUGAAGAAAAGCAGGUAGCCGAAGUGGUCCAAUUCACCGAAAACCUUUCGUCAAACGUCGCGAAACGUUUUCUUGAAAACUAAAAGCUCAUGUAAAAACGAGGCAUCCCAUCCUCCGAGAGGCUCUUGGAUAAUCUAUAACAGGCGCCCAGUUGACCGCUGAUCAUUUCAAUGAUUUCUUGUCCGAAACUUUAAAAGCUCAACGAAUCCGUUUCUGACCGUACGGGCUUGGACUCGGGGCCGUUCUCGAAAUUACUACCUUCUCCCUGUGGGACGUGACUGUAGCUAUUCGGCGUUUUCGUCAAUCUCAUGGUCGGGGAAAUGAUGUUGUCCUGAUUGGCAUUUCAAAGGCGGAUGAAAAUAAAACUUUCCCGUCUCUCCCAUGCAAGAUAUUUAAUCUCGCUCUGUAAAUUGAAACCUAUUCGACUUUGUGGAAGGAAGCGCACAUUUUUCCUACCCCAGGGUACGGUCACUCCACGUAAUUUGAUGACUUUCGGCCAAUAAACACCCUCCUCACAGUUUCGAAGAUCUUAGACACGUUAAUCAAAGGUAAGAUUAUAUGUCACUUAACAGGGAAUAACCUACUUAAUGUUACUCAGCAUAGAUUCCUCAAAGUUCUCUGUCAACUUUCUUUCUUUGACCAUGUUCUCCAAUCUAGGGACAAUGGUUUUGCACUUUACUCAGUGUAUUUCGGUUUCACGAAGGCUUUUGAUCGUGUGGAGCAUGCUCUUCUUCUCUUGAAAAUGUCCUCUUUCGGCACAGGUGACAAACUUCGGAAUUUCAUAUUCUCUUACCUGGGCGCUCGUACACGGGUUAAGAUUUCUAAUGCUAUCUCCAACCCCACAUGUACGAGGAGUGGAGUCAUUCAGGGUAAUGUAUUCGACCCGCUUUUAUUUUAUCUUUUUGUUAACGAUGCACCAAAAUUAUUUCAGAAUUAUAAGCCCUUCAUGUACGGCAAUGAUCUGAAAGUUGCAUACAAAGAUAAGCCGUCAGAUAGUGACAUCGUGAUUGAGCUCCUAAAGAGUGACCAUUCAGGCCUUCGCCCAGUAGUGCUGUUCAUGGCGCCUUUACAUUCUUGGCAUAAAUGCUCAGUCAUGGUGGUUGGCGAUGACCACCAACGUCGACUAAAUAUUGACGGUCACGGCACAAGGGUGCCUGGGGUAAUAAAGGAUCUGGGUGUAUCAUACUCCAAGAACCCCAACUUUUCGGCGCACUGCGCCCAGAUAAUUCCCAAAGCAUGUAGAACGACCGGGUUUAUCCUCCGAAAUUUUAAAACCAGCUAUAUUAGAAUGCGCUUUUAUACCAUUCACGUUUGACCUGCCCUGGAAUACUGUUAGUUUUUAUUUAGCCCCUUGCGUGCUGCUGAGCGCAAGGAAAAAGAAUCCGUCCAACAUUCUUUUGGUAAACGAGUUUUAGCCUUGGAGCGCCGAAAUUGCCUUACCAAGAACUUUACGGGCUUAGAGACCGUGAUCAUUUGUGGUUUUCUCGAUUACAGAGGAACUCUAUUUUUGCUACUUAAGCUUUUAAUCACUCGCACUUUCAACUCACUAGCUGCUUCAAAACAUCUUUACAACCCGCGACGCCACAGUUACUUCGAGGUCUUCUUUCUCUGGCAAGUACCGAUAAAUAUCGUCUUUCCUUUUUUGGGAACACAAUCACAAUUUGGAAGAAAUCACUCAGGAAUGUGGGAAUUCUGAAGAAUAAUUCAUUGUUUAAGAGAAAUAUUACUUGUAUUUUCCUUUAAGAAAAACUCCCACAGUUUUUUGGGUGCUAAAUCCAACGAAAUAAUCUGCCGUACUGAUUAAAUUCGUGCCCCAAGACCCCUGGCCGGUCUCACUACAUGAGAAAUUGUGCUGAUUCUACAUCCCGCAUCACCAGGGACAAUUCCUUCAGCCGACAGCGAGCAACUGCUCUUCAGUGCUUCUGUUUGGUGCAAUCCAAGUUUCAUGAAAAGGAAUGGAAACUGAAAAUAUCUGAUGCAGUUUUGCCUAUCCAUUUCUGAACUACAGUCAUUCUAAGGGCAAUAGUUUUUUCUCCUGAACCAUCCAAACUUCACAGAGACAAUACUCUAUGUAUCUACUCCUCAGGAGUCUUUGAACUGUUAGCCCUGUCGGUGCCUCAUCCUCCUUGACGGUGCGUCUAAACUGACAUAAAAUGCAAUUAUUAUUAUUAUUUGAUGAAAGCCAGAGCGCCGAAUGGGGUCGUUAGUGCUGUAGCGGGAUCUAUUCUGGGGCAACAGGAUUUUGGUAAAAGGCUUUGCCUUGAUCAACAUUUAAAAUGGUUGCUUAAGUGGUCAGGAUAGAGGUAAAAUCACAGAGAUGGGAAUCGGGUAGCUGUCAGGUACACUGUAGUUUUAGAUUUUCCCCUGCAAAGGUCGACUGUGUGGAACGGUAUUAUUCUGCGCCUCAGCGACUUGGAUUACAUUUCGCAGUUACUGUUUUUCGCAUUGGCAUCGGUAUCGCACGCAUAGAAUUUAUUUUUCGUUUUCCGAAGAAACUUUCACCGUGUCAACUUUCCACCGAAACGUGGAUCCAGUACUAUUUUAAUCUGCACAUUUCAACUUGCCGCACAGCCAAAUCGCGACAAACCCCACGUGGACCCCGGAGCCAACUUGCUGGCAAGCCACAGCCUAUAAAGACGAAAGGGCAAAAUUCAUAAGGGCCGGGAAUUAGCAAAUGCCGAAGAAACCUUCAAACGGCUGGGGCGUCCCUGUAUGCAAUUCACACGGUUUAUCGAUUUUUACGUGACGUUGAGCUAACAAGAACACUGUUCUCUCAUCGAGCUUUGAAAGUCUACUGGUUCCAUCAUAUAAACCAAAGUAUCCGUUAUAUUCUAAGGACGAAAUUACCGCAAAAUAUGAUGGAUAAGAGAAUGGACAUUGCGUUGAAUGCUCACAUGCUUUUCUAAACUUCAAAAAUUUAAAAUGCAAGCUUGUAGAUUUAAACGGGCUCGUGCAACUGCACAAAGAUUUCCAAAGGAUCAAUAGUAAUACAAUCAGAAAUGUAGGCCUUAAGAUGCAAAAGCUUGGAGUAAUAUCAUCUCAGAGGCAUCGCGAGGUACGAAUAAUCAGUCAGUCAGUCAGUUUAUUUGAGGGAAGUAGGCUUACGCAUUUGAACUCACUAUUUUUACCUAAAAAAUCGAUAAAAUAAGCAAAAUGUGAAGGAAUUACAAUAGUAAAUGAAUGCAGACAUUGGUUCACAUAGGUCACUAGUCUGUUUGAUAAGAUAAGAUAAUUUGAUUCAAAGUCACGUAGUCAACUUGUUGCUGAAGCAUGUCUGUCAAGCCGACAUUAAAAUGUCUCCACAGAUUCAGACAUAACGAUCGUCUCGGGCAGGUUAUUACACAGUUCCAAGACACGCUGGAGAAGAAAAAAUUUCUCACAUUAAAUAUGCUCUGGGGCACAUGCAGCUUUAAGUGAUGUCCCCGGAGGUUAGUUGUAGUGGCGAGUUGGAAAAAGCCGUCGCACCGAAGGGCGCAGUCCAUGUCACGCAGUAUACCGAAAGUUUGUAUCAAGUCUCCGCGCAAAUGCCUAUAAUUCAGAGGAUAGAGAUUAAGGUUAGUUAAACGGAUCUCAUAUGGCAGGGCACCUUGUCUUCUUAUUAAUUUUGUUGCUAGCCUCUGCAAUCAUUCGGGCAGAUUGUAAUGCUGCUGCAUCUACGUUCCCCAGGCCUAAAUUGUAAAUUCGAGAUGUUGCCUUACAGACUUUCUGAAGACUUUGGAGAAGCAGUCUUUAUCGAAAACUGCGAAGGCCCCCGUGAUGGCGUAUAACACUGAAGUUGCGGCCUUAGCCGCCUUACAGUAUUGUGUAGAAGGCUUUAGGCUGUCUGCAACCCUGACUCCGAGAUCCUUCUGCGUUUCUGCUUCUCGGAGUGGCAUUCCGUUCGGAUGGUAUUUCCGCGUAUUAGGGGUCUGAUUUCCGAGGCGCAGUAUGACACAUUUUUUCAACUAAGUGCACAUGCGACCAUUAGUAGUGACAAAUACACCGUAAUGAGGCUUCUGAUAAAGGCGGAUCGGAUUUCCAUACUAAACGACCGAAGUACGGACACAAAAAUAUAACCUGUGGUAGUUUAUGAUUUCGACGAAUCUGGCACGCCUACACUCUUAAGUGUAAAGGCCGAGAGUUUUGUUUUGCCGGGAGGUGACAUAACUAGGUCAUCCGGCUUACCGUUGCCCUCAGGUUCUCUCAGUUAUCCUUAGUAUUCUAUAGAGCACUUAGCUUAAUUCGGCGACAAUAGCUCGUGGCUAGGGGGGAUCGGAGUAGCCUAAAUCAGGAAUUUGAAGUCAAAAACAACAACGGGUCUUUCGGAGCCCUUAGUCAACAACGUGGCUGGAAGGAAUUAAAAGAAUCAUCCUGACCGCCGGAAUUGCGCAUAUGUUAAAGUUGUAACAGAAUCCACUGCUUUUGCCCCGGAACAAUGGGUCACCGCCGACGUCAAUACCUAACGGAAUCUACUUAACAACCCGACGAAAGUGACUAUUCUCACAGUCUUUGGGAUUGUGAAAAAGGUUAACGGACAUUUGGAAACUGUGAGACCACAGCCCGCUAAAAUUGCUUUGGGAGACAAAGAAGACGAUAUCUAGCUUCUGUCGAGGCAAUUCAACCUCCUAUUCUCUCAUAAGGAGGCUUUUCAGCUGAACCUCCCUUCAGCAGAACUGCUGAAACGCUUUAACUUAGUAUCUGAGCUGAAAAGGAGACUUGAAAAUGAAGAGACCAACCUGCAACUUUUCAGGGACGAGUAAUACGAAAUAAAAACUGCUGUGGUGAUACAAGAUAUUGAUAAUAAUAGCAGUCGCAACGCCUUAGUGUAAAGCGCUAAACUAGUCGAACUUAGCGCUACCAAGUUUUAUAAACUACAUCUCAGGAAUGAAAAUGCCCAGAACCUGUCUUCCAAAAGGGUGGAUUUGAGCAUACAGGCAACCGAUAAGUCUCCAGAUGCUAUGGCAAUAAAAGAAACGCCGCCAUCACAGAAGGUCAGCGAUUACGAAGUAAUGUUGCAGGGGUACCAAUUAUUUGGGAGAGGAAGAAUGCACCGCCAGGUUGGAAAAUUUGUUAUGUAUUCAAACAACAGCUUAGCCGCGUAUGAGAGAACGAGGAAGCUUUCUGACCAUACGGCAACUAUUUAAUAAACAAUAAGCACGCAGAACACAGUCAUUUGAAAUAGUGACUAUCUACUGACCACCGAGGGCAGAUUUCGGUGCAAAUACUUGCCUGUUGGAGGAAAUGAUGGGGCUUGCUAGGCAACCUGAUGUUGUUUACACGGCUGAUUUCAGUGCACCCUACAUUCGAUGGAGAGCUGUAAAAGUGAAGUGCUCGAAGUGACCAUCCAAUCAGCAUCUCCUGUGAGCAACACCUAAAGCCCUUCUCCCACGGCUUGUUCUAGUUCCAAGAGGAAUGCGUGGAGGGCAACAAGCUAGUUGCAUGGAUCAAGUCAGAACGAUAGAUCCUAGCCGUCUUGACGAGGUAUACUACCGAACCCUGCUCGGCCGAAGUGGUCAUGCAGAACCUCUAUAGGAAUAUGGCCUAUAUUCUGUACCAUGUACAAUGAACAAAGUGAGGUCAAAUAUAUUCCGAGGAUACUUUUGUCGAAUGAGAGCUGACGCUUCGCGAGUGUACUAAGACGUUCAACUCUCCGGAAACGUCAAAGAGCUUUGGGAGUUAUGCAAGGGACGUUCGUCGCAUCCACUGAGGGCCACUGCCCCUUAUUUGACCGAGAAAAACGAACCGGUGUAAAUGGCUAACAGGAUAUCAAACAAUGAAAUCAAUAAGAAAAAUGGUCGUGGAAGACGGUUUUCGGGGACAACGAAAAUGUAGCCUCUGAGAACUACAAUGUCCCGAAGAACGGGGUCGCAGACUUGAUUCGGAAAAAAGCAACAGGAAGUCGAGAGUACUUUGUUCCACCGAACUGCUAAAAGUCCUUAUAUGUUCCAUAGCUGCCUGCGAAGGAAGACACGUAACAGGAGCCCAAUCAGUCAUAUGGAGAAUAAUGAGAGUUUGGAGAUGUCUGACAGUUUAAGCAAGCCGAGAAUUUCUCAUAGUUCUUCCAGUCCCUUUUCAUAUGAAAAGUGAAUUUCAUUUCAUCUAGCUAUGAGAGCAUGCGGCGUCAAAUACUGAAGAUAUUCUGUUUCGAGAUGAAGGGGUCUUAAAAUACAAAGGAAUUGAGGGAAUGCAAAUCUUCUGCCCGGACAAGAUUCAAGCAACUUCGCUAUGUAGACUUACUCGAGAACUGUGAACUGAUGUUUUUGUACGGCCGGAUAAACAGAUCGCAUUACACCUACUCUCAAAAGUAAUAUUCAUGCACCUACGACCAACCACAGGCUUGUCAGGCUGUAAGCAGUCUGGUGAAAAGUCAGUGUGAAGACCCUCAAAAAGGGAUUAAUGGAUGAUUUGGUGACCAACAACCUCCUGUGUAAUGCACACUACAGCUUUCGUAACGGAAAAAUACUGUAACGAAAUUACUUAACGCGAUGUUAAGUUGAUAAGAACACUCGAAGGAAACAUACUGCGGAUGCCACAUACUCUGAUUUUAUGCAGGCUGUCGGUGGUGUUCCGCACAACGGUGUCCUGUGCAAGUCGAGAGUAAUGGGUAUCGGAAGUAAACUUCUCUAACAUACCGGAAUUCCUCGUCGCUCCUUCUCAAGUUGUUGGUGCAUAGUAAAAAAAAUCAGGUGGUACUGUCAAUGGCAAUGGGUCUAUUGGGGACCGACACCCUAUCCUUUAUGUAUUAGUGAUUGUGAUAUGGUAAGACGAUUAGUGAUUGUGUACAUAAAGUGGACACUGUCAUGUUUGCGGAUGAUGCCAACAUCAGGAAAACCAUUCACAGUGCCGGCGACGAAGCUGAUUCUCAUGAAAAUCUUUGUCGAUUUGGACAGUGGUUCCGUAAUGGUCUCCUGUCAUCCAUCUGGAACAAAUGUCCGAUGCCGCCUCUUGGAAGUCAGAGUCAAAUACCUAAUAGGCGCACCCACAAUCUAGAUGGGAUACAACUCGGAGAAAAUGAAACUCAGAAAGCUUUCAGCAUUUUGAUGACGAACAACUAAACUUUCCACACACUGUUGCAACGUGGCUAGGGCCGCAACCUCAACGCUGUACGCUAUCAAGCGGGCAUUCUCAGGCUUGAAUGUAGACAGUUUCUACUGAAACCUGUAGUUUUCCUACAUUAUUGCUGAUUAUUUCGAUUUGUAUGUGAAGGAUGGAAAGGUCAAGGACGCAGGCCUGUUUCUCCCACCACACUAAACUAAACUAAAAAAUAGGCCUGGUAAUGGCGUCAGUCAGUGAGUUACUUUAUGCAAACCAUUUCCAAUUGGACAACCCAUUAACUAUUGGAGAACGUCACUAUGCCUACGUCAUCAUAUGACCGAAUCCGGUAUCGGCGAUGCCAGGAUUGUCAGCAGCUAAUUGAUAAAGUCGAUUAAAAUCGAUUGCUGAGUGGCUGGGAUGGCAUGUAUGACAGAAUGUGUAAUGAGGUGUUGAAACUGCGAAGGUGGAAAUUCCGAAAAAAAGCUGUGGUAAGAAGAGGACAAUGGAAUUACUUAAAUACCCGGGCCAGGCGGCAAGAUGGAAAUAGCUUCACAUGUGUAAUGCAAGAAAGUCAUUGGAUCAAUGAUCUUGGGAAAUUAUUGUCGAUUGAAAGACGCCAAAUUACAUGAGGUCGUUGCGCGAAUGGCGGUGUAAACGUUAGUCAUGGUAAAUAUACAACGAAAAACAUCCUUAACCAAACUCUACAGUUUAGAAAAGUGGAGCAAAAGUUUUGAUGUACGUACUAUUAACCGCUUAGAGAGCAAAUUAAGGAGUGUGUGACUCACCUUCAGCUGGAGAUGAAGGAAUUAAAUUAACGUCGGGGACAUUGUGCAGAAGUAGGUAAGGGCAUGUACUCCGAUCGGAAAUGUAGUAAAGGCAAUUUAGGCACAUCAGUUCUGUCGAGUACGUCGCAUGCUGUAGGUGACUUUAGAAUACCUAAUAUUUUACGCCUCCUAAUUUUCAGUAGUUCAUUCUCUAGGCCUAUUUUUAGAUGCUGUGUCUCAGUUUGCUUCAUAUCACUUGUAUAUGCUACCAAACGCCACCGAAAACUCAAUAAAAAGCCAUUUCUUAUGUCAACUUGAUCUGUCGCGCAUCGCCCUCCUUUUGAGGACGAUUGCUAUAGUAUCGAGAAAUCUGAAUAAUUCGGAGCACAUUAUGGCAGCAAAUUGAUUUUGAAAAAACAUGAAAUAAAGUAGAGGUUGAUCUCUAGAAACAAAGACGAAGAAAUUUGUAAGGGAAAAGCCCUUCAAUAUUCAGAAGUUGCAAGUAAGACGCAUAGAUUAUACGGCGAUUCUUCGACUUUCGAAUCUGCCAAAUUUAGUGAAAAUUCGACUAAACAGACCAAGGUAUAAGAGAACUGAAAAUUGAACAGGACGUUGAUUGGAAAGAAAAUACAUUGAACAAACGUUGGAACAUUUUGGCACUCAGUCCGAGUUUUAUGGAAACAUUGAGACAUUUGCUUACUUUUGCGUCCACACACCCUGUUAGUUCAGCCUGCUUUUACUGAACCACAACCUUCAACCUUGACAAUUGCUAAUGUCCUUGCGAAAUUUACUACUAUACUAGCAACAGGUUGUUGACAUUAGUGAUCGACGGAAUCUCAGCGGUUUCUGUUAUUCUACGUUUACGUUAGCAUUCCGAGGUCUGUUGGCCGUUAACAUAAAAACCAGUAAUACUUUGAGUUUCUUUGAAACCGAAAUAUUUUUAUUUUGGAGUUUGGAGUUUGAAGGCUGACGUUCUCAAAACUAAUUUAUUUGAAAAUAUCAUCAUCGAGAUUUGUGUUUUAACAUUCACUUAUUUUAAUCAUUAGUUGCAUUUUACCAAAUUACGUGUGCUCUGCUGUGAAAACACGUAGAAGACUGAAAUCAAAUGAAGUACUUGCUUUCUGUUCAGCGGUAUAAAAUCUCAAGAAAAUCAGAAUACAAGACCCUUCCUUACGAAGGUCAGGUGGUUGCAUCCAGUGUCAUGGCUUGAAUGCCUUUAAUCCGUGGGAAAACUACACUAUUUGCGACGUUCUCUGUGCCCCUUAAUGCAGUUUACUUCUUGUCCAAUCAUAUUUUAAGUCACUUCAUCGCUUUUCGCAUGCUAACAUUAAAAGUAGCGAAGUGCCUCAGUGCUCCUGUUGCCCUACUAGUGUCUGUUAACGUAAUCGGGAAACGACCUAGGAUUCAGCGCAGUCAGUCAAUGUUAAUUCAUACCGUGCGAUAUGUUAAGAAAAACGUUAAAUUAUUUUCUGCAUUCUCGCCAAAUUUCCCUGUCCUCAGAAAGCGAUGACCCAUCAAACAUUAACAUAUCUACUUUUCUCGUUUAUUUGUUCUACUGUUCUGCCCUAAUGAGCAAUCUUUAAGGUAUAGUGGCUGAGUUUCUAUGCUGUAAUAAACUGUUACCGUGUGUUCUCCCAACAGACAAUCGACCAGUCGAUGAUGCACAUUUAUGUCAACUUAAAUGCUCAUAAGGCGGAGCAACCUUUAUGCUAUAUCAUGCAAUCUCAUCUCUCAUUACCACCACCUACAACAUGCAUGACCACGUCACGCGCACUUUUGGUGUGACUAGUUUACAGAAAGUUGAGGCAGUUAGACGCACUCCUGUAAUGAACCAUGCUUCUCGAUUAUCUUAUGUAUGCAUAUUUCAAGAAGCCAUACAAUCUCUCUCCUAAGCGAAGAUACACGGAACUCACUGUACCACUGUCGUUUAAAGCUCUAUGUUAAUGCGGCUAGUAAAAUUGUAGUUGCUUUCUUGACAAAAGUUAUCGAGAUACAGAUCAAAGUCCAAAGCUGCACGUCAUUCCGCGUUUAUUCAUAAUUGUGUAUGUGUUUCAAAGUUCGACAUAGGCCUUGCAUGUUUAAUUAAAGUGUUGGACUUCUGGUCCGAGGAGUUUUUAACCUGAUUGGACAAGAUGUCUGUUCUUCUUUUAAAUUCGUAUUAAUUAUUUUGAAUUUUUAGACAGUGAUUGACAUGCUGUCCCAACUAUUUGAAAGACUGAUUUAAAGCCGACUGACUGGGCUUUUUAAAUUUUGGAUAAGUACUUGUCAAACCUUCAGAGGUCGGCCAAUUGGCAAGACGAUAUGCAGUAUGCACUACUCGAAUCCUGUUUUGAACAAUAAAGAAGGCAUUCACAGGGCAUUUUGCAGAACAAUAAGAUAGAUGAACGCGUUGGAAAACUUACCUAUUACUGAAGUGGGCACACAUAGCAAGUUUACCCGCCAAUUGGAUUAUUGGUAAACCCAACGUAGCCGGAGGCGCUCCAACUUAGUUAGGCUUGUAGGCACCCGAAUCGUACUUGUCGAACUUUUGUUGCUUGCUGUCUCUUAGUUGCUGGAUUUUUCUGUUUGAGUUCUUUUAACAAAGCAAUUUGCUCCGAUGCUUUUUUCGCUUUGUGAGGGUUACAGUUAUUAGCAGAUCCAUCGGUCUUUCCAUACUGUCCUAAAAUCCAUUACACGAUGCCUGCACAUAAAUCCACAGGCCCUUCCUAGAAUUUCGCUUUUCUCCCUUAACUUGACGCAGUCGAAUUUACGAGUGAUUUGGCUUUGAGAAGUAAUUAAUCAUGGUUGUUCCGCACAAAUGCCAAUAUGACGAAUUUGACAGGGCACUUUCGGCUUCAAGAAUUCGUAUAGGUGCAAAAUAUUGGAUAAAACCUGUGAAAUGUGUAGCGUGACUCGGACCAGUAUGUGCUGUUCAGCUCACUUGUCUUUCCAGUCUUGUUCUCUUGUAUGUUCAUCAUCAUCUUACUAGUGCACAUACUUGUUGGCUCUCAGUAGCUUUGGUGUCUGUUCUGCGACUUAACCUAUUCGGUUACUUUGACGUCAAUAGAAUUGCUAUCCACCGACAAGGCAUGGUUUAUAUUCAGCAUGCGUUUGCUUCUGACUCAACAAUAAAGACUAAUUGCACAUUUUUGUCGACUGUCUACUACACAGGGUCCUGUUUACUCAAACUAAUUCUGAAAUAAAAGACGAAGCAGCCGACUCGGUCAAAUGCAUGCCUGUCUUAAUUGCCGAGACCGUCCUAAAACCUGUAUUGUCAGCUGACUAGAGAGCAUUCGUGGGGGUGGUUAACAAUGACUGUCAGUAGCGACCGGCAAUUUUUUAUCGCAGAUCUUAACUUCUUUCUUUUUUUGAGUUCCAAUACCUCUGGCUGUCUUUGGCUCAUAAUGUGCUCUCUCGUAUGGGUUAUCGAAUCAGCCUGUUAUGCAUUAUUAUUGCAUGUAUUUUAAGCAGUAUGAUAAUUUGCGCCACUUUUUGGGUUAAGCUUGUGGACCUUUAUGAUAGUGAAGUUCUUCUUGGAUUAAUUAAAAUCGAAAUUUAUGGUAGAAAUGUAUUGUUUAUAGUUGUUGUUUUUUAACAAUAUACAUUCCACCCGGGAUUUAAUUCAUUCGUACCUCCUGUGACAAAUAAUUUGGACAACUGUUAACACUAGUGCAUGUGCGGACUACAGAUUUUUGGUUAAAUUCUAAUUAAAUUGAGAACAAUUUUUCAGUCGGCAUUUUUAGACUCAAAACUAGAGUGAACAUAGUUAGUUCACCUAAGGGCAACACUACUUUUAUUGCUUUCUGCCCGAUAAAGUUUGAAGUAAGGCCUAAAAUUCAAGGUACGCCACGGUUAAACGUAUUUUUUAGCUGUUAUAUUGGUUGGUUGUUUGUCAUGCAUGCGGAUGAACAGUGCCCACGAAAGGUUUUUCUUCAUCAGUAGACUUAGAAAUGAGCAAAUAAAUGCAAUAACUUUAAGCAUAAAUUGUGACGCAUUGUGCAUGAGACUAAACUCAUAAUCGAAGCAGUGUAAAUAACGCCUACUUACCGUGCUACGGCGACCGUAACUGAAGUCAACAAUGAGUUACGCUUGAAAUGCACAGUAGGGACCAGCUUGAAACACUUUGACCACGCUGCACAGUGUCCGCGCAUCCCACAACAAAUGCCACAUAUGGGAGGUGUGUUGGCAAGCCCGAAUGCUGAUUUCACCCCGCGCACUCACUUGUGUCCAAUGUCAGGUCAGAUAGCCAACCGUUGCACAAGCGAGCGAAAAGUAAGGUCGACUCUGGGCUCCAGCUCUACAGCAGUUCAUCUUCAUACUCCUCACUGUAAACAACUUGGGACGCUAGAAGUUGUUGCUUAGAAGACCGUCAACUGACCAGUUAUCUCGGUUCUUUCAGGACGCAGCGUCAGGCUGCAAUGGCUCCUUUUAAAUGUGACUUCCACGAAUGCCCCACCGAGGUGGGAUCCGAGCCGUCCCUCUUUAUGGAAAUCUGCCGCACGGUGGGGAAUCGGGUUGUGUGUCGCACGGGUAGGCGAGCCGCCUGGCUUUGACAACUAAUGUGCCUGAGCACGCCUCCGGUCACCCUGACUUUGUCUUACCAAGGUGGGUGGGGAUGAGGGAGUGAGUCAGUUGCCGCGCAAGUCCUCUGUUGCUGUAAACUGAUUUACGCAUGUCACUGUACUGCGUUCAAUACGAUGUGGGGGACACGGUGAAGAUCAUCGUAUGGGACGAUCGAACUGUCGUAGGACAAGCAAGUUAUAAAUUUUUAAGGUAACACUACUCCUGAUGGCUUGGCAAGUUAACUUAUAGGUUCAGAUAAUUUGAUUUUAUCGAUGACAUUAGACAUUUAAGCAACUUCCUGGAGCUCACGCUCGAUAUCUUUAAUAGACGCGGUUUAAACGCCUCGCAUUCGGUUUCUUCUGGCCUGUAGUCGGCUUGCGCGGCUGCUUUCGGACAAAUGCCUCCACGAAUGAUGCCAUGGUGUCUAGCUCGAUGUCAAUCUCCUUGUACUUUUAACCAUCUUCAUAUUUUGCGUUCGACGCACAGGAGGCAACAUGUCCGUUACUGAAAUUAGGUAGGAAUUCUUUAGCAAGUUCACAAACCCUUUCCAACCGGAUGACAGUGGAUAAUGGCUGAUUCUGGGAGGGCACUCAUGACCCCGCUUGCAAGAUUGGAGGUCCGCGGACCUCUCAAUAGUAAGGUCUUGCGGGAAUAUUUUAAAUUAUGAAACUCUUUGUAAUAAAAUGUGUAGUGGAUGGCAUUUUGCACUAAGAUCACAACUCUGGGAAAGAUAACUGGCAUAAAAAAUUUAGCUCGAGGACUUUGUAUAUUUCCUACCGAAAAAAACCCGUUUGUGCAUUAUGCGGACUUUUUUAAGAUCCCUUUUUCUGAUGUUCAGCUACACGAAAUGCCUGAUAAAAGUGGACGGCACGACUGACUGAAUCAUUCUCUUUAAAAUGAAUUAGCCAAAUGUUCCUGCUUAGCGAUUCAUUGUGCUACUUUUUAAAACGAUUACCAACUUCAACAAUGAGCCGACCAACUAAUAAUGUCUGCAAAUUCUAUUAAAGGAAACGUUUUUUGAGGAGGGUUCGAAGAAUAAUUGUUAUUGGCGAGUAUUCGUCAGGUUUAUACAUUUUCAGCGGCAGUUUCGGAUAUCUGAUCAGUUUCUUCGUUUCUCAGAUUGACCAUCAAGAUCUCAUCUAAUUUAUCUAUUUUGUGGCCGUCAUUAUAGACAUGGUGUUUUAUUAAGAGAAACCCUGAAGUUGGAAUUUGAUCUCAACCUGUUUCUGUGCUUUCAAGUGUGAAUAUUAGCAGAUAUUUUGGCGGUCACCUAGGCGACUUGAUAUAAUGCCCACGUGUGGGCCAUUUGUAUGAUUUCUGGACGGAAGAACUAUCGCGUGCUUCUAAUUUUGUUCAAAACAUGCCAGUUAUUUUGCAAACAGCAGUUAUUACGUACGUAAAUGAUGGGCUCCUACGUUUUUGGAAGCCCGUUACUGGAGAGGAUCUACAUACUGCAACCAAAAAUCGUGUGUAGAUUUAUUUUGGUCUCAGGGGCUUUUUAACCAAACUCCCAUAACCCUGGAUAUAUGAGUCAUCAUUGAAGGGUUCCAACUAUCACCGACAACAAGAAAGUUGAAAUCAGUCAGGAGAAAGUAUGGAUUUUGGGCAAUUCAGUGAAAUGCUUCUGCAUUAACGACGAGCAUGAUGGGUUAUUAGCAGUUGCUCGAAUUAACUAGGCUAUCCCCCCGUUUCCUGACGAUCUGUUCGCAGUUGCAGGAAUUCUUUGAAGGAUUUCUGACAACCUUACUAUCUUCUUUCUUGAUCGGCAGGUAAACCAGUGAAUAUUUGCCACAGACUUUCAACUGUCUGAAUUGUCCACGUGGUAGGACUUAAGUGCAUUGGCACAUGCUCUAUGGUCAGUGUAACGGCCCCUCCUUCUUGAUAUUGCAUAGAUGACCAUCAUGUUUUCCUUUUAUUUGACUGCUGAGACUGGAAAUUUUCAUACUGUUUAAAAUUAUAUAGAGCGGAAGUCCGUUUGUUGCAAACCCCAUCACCCCAUAUUUUCUCACACACGUUUUGCACCAAUACCAAAGCUGUGCACUUCUGUGAGCUGUUUAUACUUUCUGACCAUAUAAAGUAGAAGAUGAAUAACCUCCAAGAAAACCAGGCCUCCUGAUUGUUUCCAUUUCCUGAAAUACUUCUAACACUCUCUAAAGAUGUCCUAGCCAUUUUGCUAAUAAUUUGCUAAUGGCUAAAUUUCUCUUCAUGGGGGUUAGCCCCGUGAUUUCCUAGCCAUUGAGUAACCGCUAUACUCAAUCCAAAUGCAUCAGAUCGUAUCUGUCCCCGGGGGUGACGAAUGCUGGCAGGUCCAUUUUGACCCACAGCAUCACUUCAAAACCCUCAAACUUACCACACGCAGGAUCUGUUUAUCUGCGUUCUUGACAUCUCCCAGUAAAUGCAAUUAUUAGACAGCUUAGCCCGAGAAUAGUCUUUAGUUGGAAUGAAGUUGCUGCCUCGAGCCCUACUUCACAGGUCUCAGUUAUGAUAGCAGAAUCACUACACGUCAGGGUAAAGGCAGCCUAACACUUCACAAAAAAGUCAAUGCAAACUUGACGAUGAAGAUUCUACUGUCGAAUCGCUUCAUGUUCUACACUGAGACAAGAAUGAAAACUUUUCUGCUUAGCAUAAGAUUCCAAAAGGUUUCAUUUAGGUCUUCCUCUGAUUUCUCGACAAGUCACAAUAUCAUUUCUGCCACUGCCAAUGUACCUAAGGGGUCGGUUUUAAUAAAUAAAUCUCUUUAUCUUAUUUCCAUGAUCAGUUAUGUCUUGUGUCUUCAAAGUUCCAGCGAAUUGUCCCAUUAACUGUUUGUCAUCCUAAAAAUGCGGAAAUUUUCCCUCCUUCAGGAAGCCCGAAGUUAA